UAUAACAUACAUACAUAUAACAUACAUACACACUUCAAAAUUGUCUCCAUUUUUAGGAGGAGAUGAGGCCAACAACUAGUUAUGUUGUUACAACAUUUUUAAUAAUUUUGAUUUGUUGUUCCUCCUCAUGUCUUGCCAAAAAACAUUCCCAUCACCACAAAACGAAACAUACUAAGAAACCGGCACCUCCAACUGCUCGAAAACAAGUCUUGAAUGUUGAAGUUUUUGGAGCUAAAGCUGAUGGAAAAUCAGACAAUUCUCAGGCAUUCAAGAAAGCUUGGGACAAAGCAUGUAAUUCUUUGGAAUCAAUCAAAAUUUUGGUGCCGAAAGGAAAAGUUUACUAUGUUAAACACGUAGAUUUUACAGGUCCGUGUCACUCUGGUAUUUCAAUGGAGAUCCAAGGAACAAUCAAGUCUUUUGCUAAGAUGUAUGAUACCCCUAAAAGACUUUGGAUUAAGUUUGAAGAUGUAAGAAACAUGGAAGUUUUUGGUGGUGGAACAAUUGAUGGUAGUGGUGAAGUAUGGUGGAAGAAUUCUUGCAAAAUCAAGAAGACUAAGCCUUGUCAAAGCCAAAGUGCACCAACAGCUUUAACCUUCAGAAACUGCUCAAAUCUAACACUAAGCAACGUGAGGCUUCUCAAUGCACAGCAGAUGCAUGUGAUUUUCCAGGAUUGCAACGACGUCGAAGCUUCAAAACUUGUAGUGGAAGCACCAGAACACAGCCCCAACACAGAUGGGAUUCAUGUCACAAGAACUUCCAACAUUAAAAUUUUAGAUUCUCAGAUCAGAACAGGUGAUGACUGUGUUUCCAUAGUGAAUGGAUCAAGAAAUGUUGAUGUGAGAAACAUAGCUUGUGGACCAGGCCAUGGCAUCAGCAUUGGAAGCUUAGGUGAAGACAACACAGAAAAUUAUGUUUCAAAUGUAUUUGUGAAAGGAGCAACAUUUACAGGAACAACAAAUGGUGCCCGAAUAAAGACUUGGCAGGGAGGCAGUGGAAUUGCAAGGAAUAUAGUGUUUGAAGACAUAUUGAUGAGGAAUGUGCACAACCCCAUAAUCAUAAAUCAGUACUACUGUGAUAAAAAUAAAAAAUGUGAAAAAGAGAAAUCAGCAGUGCAAGUAGAGAAUGUAGUAUUCAGGAACAUUAGAGGAACAAGUGCUUCAAAGGUGGCAAUAAAUUUGAACUGCAGUGAAUCAGUUCCAUGCAAAAACGUUGUGCUACAAAAUGUGAUGUUAACUGCUCAACAAAAAGGAGACAAAGUUGAAGCUUCUUGCAACCAUCUUGCUUUGCAAACCACCAAGCUCAAUUCACUCCCAAGUUGCUCCCUCAACAACUAA